UCGUUCCGGUCGGAACGCCGACACGCGGGACCUCAGAGGCCCCGUCUGACCCGGUGACCCCGUGACCUCGUGACCCCGCGGCCCCCCCACCCCGAGCCGGGGAGCGCUGCAGAGCGCGAAGCAGCCGCCGCCCAGCACACAGCCCUCUACUCCUGGAGGAUGCUCGUCGGUGCCCUGCUCCGCUGCGGGAGGCUGCCCUGCCCACGCCUGGCCUGGGCCUGGGCCUCCUCCUGGCCGGCUCCCAGGAGACCUGGAGAAAGCGGUCUGCACACAGCCCCUGCGGCCCCCUCCGACAGGACUGCCCCUGUGUUCACCCGAGCCCUGGCCUUUGGGGACAGACUCGCCCUCCUAGAUCAGCACGGCCGCCACACCUACAGGGACCUUUAUCACCGCAGCCUCCGCCUGUCUCGGGAGAUCUGCAGGCUCUGUGGCUGUGAGGACGGGGACCUCCGGGAGGAGAGGGUGUCCUUCCUGUGUGCCAACGACGUGUCCUACGUCGUGGCCCAGUGGGCCUCCUGGAUGAGUGGCGGCAUCGCGGUCCCCCUGUACAGGAAGCACCCCGAGGCCCAGCUGGAGUACUUCAUCCGGGACUCCCGGAGUGCCGUGGUGGUGGCCGGCCAAGAGUACGUGGAGCUGCUGCGCCCGGUGAUCAGACGGCUGGGGCUUCCGCUCCUGCCCCUGUCGCCUGCCACCUACCUUGAGGCAGUGGAGGAGCCGGCCGAGGGCCAGGUGCCAGAGCGCGAGUGGCGAGACCGGGGCGCCAUGAUCUUCUACACCAGCGGGACCACGGGGAGGCCCAAGGGUGUGCUGAGCACCCACCGCAACAUCGCAGCCGUGGUUACUGGGCUGGUUCACACGUGGGCAUGGACCAAAGACGACGUGAUCCUCCAUGUCCUCCCACUGCACCAUGUCCACGGCGUGGUCAACAAGCUGCUCUGUCCACUCUGGGUGGGAGCCACCUGUGUCAUGCUGCCCGAGUUCAGUGCUCAGCUGGUUUGGGAGAAGUUCUUGAGCUCUGACAGCCCGCGGAUUAACGUGUUCAUGGCAGUGCCCACGAUAUACGCCAAGUUGGUGGACUACUACGACCAGCACUUCACCCAGCCCCACGUCCGGGACUUCGUGCGUGCCGUUUGUGAAGAAAACAUGAGGCUGAUGGUGUCCGGCUCGGCCGCCCUGCCCAUCCCUCUGCUGGAGAAGUGGAGGAGCGCCACCGGCCACACGCUGCUGGAGCGCUACGGCAUGACUGAGAUCGGCAUGGCCCUGUCCAAUCCACUGACCGCAGCUCGCCUGCCAGGCUCCGUGGGGACCCCGCUGCCAGGAGUGGAGGUGCGCAUCAUCUCGGAAGGUCUGCAGAAGGAGGGCUGCCCCUACGCCAUCCAUGCGGAGGGAGACGAGAGGGGAACGAAGGUGACCCCAGGGUUUGAAGAGAAGGAAGGGGAGCUGCAGGUCAAGGGACCCUCUGUGUUCCGAGAAUACUGGGACAAACCAGAAGAGACAAAAAGUGCAUUCACCUCGGACGGCUGGUUUAAGACAGGAGACACAGCCGUGUUCAAGGAUGGCAAGUACUGGAUCCGAGGUCGGACGUCAGUGGACAUCAUCAAGACCGGAGGAUACAAAGUCAGUGCCCUGGAGGUGGAGCGGCACCUGCUGGCCCACCCCAGCAUCGCCGAUGUGGCCGUGAUUGGAAUUCCAGAUGUGACAUGGGGCCAGCGGGUCACGGCUGUGGUGACUCUUCGAGAAGGACACUCACUGUCCCACAGGGACCUCAAGGAAUGGGCCAGAGGAGCACAGGAGCGCCUGGUGCUGGGCGGAGGUCUCCUCAGCCUCUGGCUCCGGCCUGCCGUCUGCACCCUGCCUCCUGGCGUCUCUGCUUCCGGUCAGGCUCCUGCCCGGCACCUGCAGGGCCCGUGUGGUCGUCAGGCUCAGUGGGGCGUGAGAAGACCCGCCAGCAGUCGCAACCACAAGGAGCGCGGCUGCGGGGAGCUGCCUGGCCAUGCGGCCACGGCGAGCCGCCUGGUGGGAGCUCCACGAGGCAGCCUGGCCCCCUACGCCAUUCCCUCGGAGCUCCUGCUGGUGGAGGAGAUCCCACGGAACCAGAUGGGCAAGGUCAACAAGAAGGACCUGGUCAGGCAGUUCUACCCGUCGUGAGCAGAGGAGCCAGCCCGGCGGGCUCGGGGACAGAGGCGUCCCACGAGCUCCUGCCCCGCUGCCCAGGCUCCCCUGCCCUCCGUGUCCUUGCCCCAGGCCCGGCUGCUGGCCCUCCAGGGCAGGUCCCGGAGGGUCUGAGGUGCCCCAAGGGAAGAGACGAACACCUGCCCCUCACCACCUGCUCAGGGCCCUCCCCAGAGCCGCCCAGCCCUGGACACACACGGCCACCCGGUGCCCUCCGGUGGGGACAGCCUGCCGUGCCGCCAGCCGGGGUGCUCCCACUGCCCCACAGGUGGAUUCCUGCCACCCUUGGGCGUCUGCUGUGCGCCAGGCAGACGUCCAGUGCUCGAGGCCACGCGGGGCCGCCCGAGUGGCGUUGCUCCCGCUCACGCAGCGCGCCUCCCGGACUGCAGUCUCCUCCGCCGCCUUCGCCUUCCCAGACCCCCCUGCCCCAUGGUGCCCGUCUCCUGGGAGCGGCACGGAGCCCUUGGAGCUCUUGUCUGUGCCCGACCCCACAGACGGGCUCCUGCUGGGGGCAGCCACCGUCAGUGGCCUGGACCCCCAAUCCUGCUGCCCCUCAGGAGCAGCCUGCUCUCCAAGGACAUCACCCAGAGGCCUGUCUAGGCCUUCUUGGUAGCUAAGGAAAGGCCUUCCGCUGGGGAGGUCAGCUCAGGGUGCAGGGUCAUCCCUCAGUCACUGGCUCCACUCUCUCUCUCACGUGGAAGAGAAAUGUCCUGGAAACGUCCCUGCAGCUCUGUGCCGUGAGCCCCGGUGCGUGUCAGACACGGCCAAGGACGGUGCUCUCCCGCCAGCCCCGUCCCCAGCAGCACCAGGCUCCCCACUGCCCACGCCUUGCUCUGGCCCCGACACAGGCCCUGCAGGGAGCACGUCCUCACGACCAUGCUGAGACAGACCCCAGCGCAGUGCGACCGAGCACCGUGCAGCUGCAGAGCGCCCACUUGGCUGGAAGUGCCCACACCUGCCCUGCCUGCUCUCCCGGCCUGGGCUGCUGGCAGAGGGGUCACUGGCCGUCUGCAGACAGCCCUGCUGCCAUUGAGUUGGCGCCAGGAGCAGGCUGCCGUUUAAUUUGUCAAAAGGAAGCAGUUCUGACCCCAGCCAGAGAGGCAGGGCACUUGAGGAGUUACUGGAAGACCAGCUCCAGUAGGUGUGGCAGUGGCUGGAGGGACGGUGGCAGGAUCCUGAGGUCGUGGCCACAGCACCUCCUGUAUCUGGGUGCCCGUGCAGCCUGUGGGGCCACCCCAUUCUCCUUCCCCUCCUUCAUCAGCACCCUGCAGGUGGGCGUCAGACCACCUUAGGAGACAGUGCUGCUGCCUCCUGGGAACAGGGACAGGUGCCAGCAGCCUCAGGAUGGCCUGUGGGCCAGCCGUGCCUGUGCCCAGGAGGCCCCAGCCUGCCUCUGCACGGGCACACCAAGUUUCCUGGGGCCAGAGCCCUGCCCAGGCCCCGGGAGCCAGGAACCCUGCAUCCCUCUGAGCUCUGGGCUUCCUGAGAGCAUCAGCCCACCUGGGUGGUGUCAGUGGACUCAAGGAGGGUUGAGGUGUCCACCUGCUGCCCUGGCUCCUGUCCAGCACCAGGGAGCAGGACACGCCUCUGAGGAGGCCUGGGCGGGCAGGGGUGGCAGUGACGGGUUCCAAGACAGCAGCAGCCCAGUGUGUUGGGAGGACCUAUUGGACAGCUGUGCAAGCCUGUAGGUGGCACCAGAUGCAGCCCAGGUGGCCCUGCAGAGAACAUGGCCACCAGGGCCGUCUGCUCACGUCUUGCACAAUGUGCGGUGUGCACACCAGCCCCUCCCUCCUGGCUGCCCUAACCCUAACCCUAACCCCAACCCCAACCCCAACCCUAACCCUCCCUCCUGGCUGCCCUAACCCUAACCCUAACCCCAACCCCAACCCCAACCCCAACCCUCC